GUGACAUAAUCCACAUGUCAUUUUUUUGAAUCGAGGUGAUGUCAUCAAAUUGUGCGGUUAUAAGGGGUGUAUGGGGGGGGGGGGCAUGUGGACAGGGCCGUGGACACCUCAGGAGCAGCACCUGCAUGCCGCAUUUGUCACGUCUGAGAUCAUCCGCUGUGCGAGUGGGUGCGCAUGCGCAGUGAACGCAGUUCUGGGAGUGUCUGCGAGGAUCCAGCCCCGCAGUCACUGGAGCUAACGAGAGGAGCAUCUGCGCGGACAAUGCAGCGGCGGAGUGGGGAGGAAAUAACCCGGUGAGAGACGAACAUGAAGCGGGAUAGUUGUGUUGGGAUUGUACGGCGGCAGUGAUUUGCAGGAGCACGUGGUGGUGUGACGCGAAUGACCUUUUCAUAACGGUACAGGGGGAUUCUGGUCAAAUGCAGGACUCCGCUGUGUGCACUGUCAAUCCUCUAAUGGUCUGUUACAGCGUUACAUUUGUCAGGUGUCGAUAUUUACAUCCGCAUUCAUUGUAAAAAAAAGCUCUAAAGGCUUAGUGUCCUAAUCUAUUGUCUAUCAGUAGCUGAUAACAUGAUGACCUCCAUGCUGUGUAAUUAGAGAGUAAUCCCUGCGAAGUCAAUAUUUCUUGAUGUAGCUUGUUGCAAUCCACGUAUUGAAUUCACUGCUUCACAUUCACCUGCUCCAGCCACAGAGAUCAGACAGUGAACGCCUCCAAUAAGGCAUCAGGACACUUCUGUGCCAGGACUGUGGAGGAGGGAUGCUGAGGGCCACUGUGGGCUCUGUGGAGGAGAGGGACGAGGAGCAGGAGGAUGAAGGCGAGGACGAGCUGAGGGACGGAGGGGUGCCCUUCUACGUGAACAGAGGAGGACUCCCGGUGGAUGAGGAGACUUGGGAGAGGAUGUGGCGCCAUGUGGCAAGAAUCCACCCCAGCGGCGAAGCGUUGGGGAAGGAGAUCCGAGGGGCCACCGACCUGCCCAAGAUUCCUGUGCCGAGUGUGCCUUCAUACCAACCUACCACCACUGUCCCACAGCGCCUGGAAGCCAUACAGAAAUACAUCAGGGAAUUUCAGUACAAUCACACAGGAAUGCAGUUCUUUGAAAUCAAGAAGAGCCGUCCUCUCACCGCGUUGAUGGACAUUGCUAAAGAGAUGACGAGGGAGGCCCUGCCAAUCAAAUGUCUGGAGGCGGUGAUCUUAGGGAUUCACCUGACCAACAACAUGCCGGGUGUGGAGCGCUUCCCCCUCAGCUUUAAGUCUCAAUUCUCAGGGAACCACUUCCACCACAUCGUGCUGGGAGUUCACAGCGGGGGACGUUUCGGCGCUCUGGGCAUGAGCAGGAGAGAGGACCUCAUGUUCAAGCCCCUGGAGUUCCGGACACUGAUGGACCUGCUGCAGGAAUACGACGCAGCCUACAGGGGCUACUGGCACACGCUCCACAAGGUCAAGAUCGGCCACUACGUGUCUCACGACCCCCACAGCGUGGAGCAGAUAGAGUGGAAGCACUCCAUACUGGACGUGAACAAGCUGACCAAGGACGAGCUGCGGAAGGAGCUGGAGAGGCAUACGCGGGACAUGCGGCUCAAGAUCGGAACGUCGGCACAUCCCUCUCCAACCAAAGACAGAAGAAACAGCAUGGGUUCACCGCUCCGAGGGCCGGGCAGCCCCAUACGCAGGAUCAGCCGCGUUGAGAGACGCCCCUCUGGAGAGAAGAAGGUCUUGGAGCAGAACUCAUCUACUGACAUGAACGGAUACCAGAUUAGAGUCUGAAGAAAUCUUACUACACACUUCUCAUGGGCCGAUUGGGUUUACUUUUAGGCUAAUUUAUUUGUACACACUGGCCUACGCAUUGGAUGCAAUGUGGAAUAGGUCACCAGCAACCUACCCCUACCAAGACCUGCCUCAUUCCGCUUCUCCACGUUUGUGUCGGUAGUUUUUGGAGCAGCUACUGUGCUUCGUACUUGGUGCUGGCAACGCUCCUAAAAUAGAACUAGGGGUCACAAGUGCAGUUUGGCCAACUGGAACGAGAGCGAAUCGGGACGCGUCCUUAAAAGCCUGGUGAAGACGACCGCUCAGCGUCGUCGAUGUGCUACUGGACAUACAGCUUUUUUUUUUUUUUGGUGUUCAUCGACAGUUUGUGUCGUCGUACUGUAACAAAAACGCGUCCUUUUUUUAAUCCACCUAGCAGCAAAUGCUUGUGUAGUGACUCGUUUGUAAACCACAACCCUUUGUGCCUUGUGUGAAAACUCGAAGAGAGAACACCUUUUUUUUUUUAUUUAAUUUUUUUAUAUCUAAUCAUUAAUUGUUAUUGCCUCACAAAACAGUAUAAUCGCCGACCACCCCAGUAACUUUAAUAUAAAGAUAUGACAGACAGCAGCAUGUUCAGCAAGCUAGAUGUAGAUGGAGUAUAUCGAAGUGUACGAACGCUUCCGUCGAGUACGACACAGUUAGCGAUGGGACUCCUGGGAACAGCUGACUGACCACACCUGCAUUUCAUGUAGAUGUGAAAUAUUGAGUCGCUUUAUAUGUGUGUACUGUACAAGUGCUUUGUAUACACUUUUUCUUUAAAAUUGUAGCAACUUUAUAUACAAUAUUUCACUCGCCUGAAACAAUGGUAUCCAAGCAGUAGACUUUCAUUAAGGCAGACGUGCAAAGGAGUUUGUUUACAGCACUUUUACCUUUUUUGUAAUUUUUUUAAAUAAAAAAAAAAGAAAAGGUCAUUUUAUACUUUCUCUAGUGUCACCGAAUAUUUAAGACACAUUGGCCUGAAUAUGUUUUUAUGUGUAUAGUCGUUGUUCAUGUUCCGUUCAAUAUCCUAUAAAAACAACUGUUUUUUAAUCAAAAGAUUUACAGAAUCACAAUAAAGUGUCACCAGUGUUGAGGCAACACAA